AUGGGCGGUGGCCCACCUGGUGAUCUUUCACCUGGCCGCAGCCCAUCUGGUGUUGGUCGCGGUGGAGGGCGCGGAGGUGGAGGCCGUGGAGGAGCUGGUGCUCGCGGGUCUGGAGGCAGAGGCAGUGGUCGUGGUGGAUCCCGAAGCACCGGAGGAUCAAGUGGGGCGCCCUCACGUGGUGGUGCGGGCGGAUCUGGCGGCUAUUCGAGUGGUUUUGAUGGGGGCUCUUACAUGGGUGGGACCGGUGAUCAAUCAGCGGGAUCCUCAAACCAAUAUGGUGGCUACUCGGGAAAUGGUUAUAGUUCUGGUGGCUACGGUGCGCCCGCGCCCCCUGUGCCCUCGGCUGACAUUUAUGGUGCUUCGAUGGGCCCCGCUGAUGACAGAUCUGCCGCAUGGUACGGCGGCUGGGCAUAA